AUGACCUGUAGAGCUCGUAAAGUCAAAUGCGGCGAGGAAAAACCAGUCUGUACCCACUGCACCCGUCUCCGAUUGCGCUGCAAAUACACACCAGCCAUUGUUGGGUCCUCGCUGCGACGGCGCGAUGAGAGACCGACCGUUUCCUCCGCCUCAGGCACCACUUCCCAGCGACCAGAUGCCAAUUUCUUCAACACGGUUCUGCGGUUUGACGAGCAGCAACUCCUUCCAGAGACAUCGUUUCCAUCCCUCGUGAAUGGGAAUGCUGGCCAGUCGUCGUCAUCCGACUUGCCGGAUUCCUUUGACAUGCUCGGCUUGAUCGGAGCGAUCACGUCCGAAUUGCAGCAAAAGCAUUUCGAUCUGUCCAAUGGACGGUCGGAUUUUAUGACCCUCGCUGCGUUUCCAUCGCUGACUGAUGGAUCUGAUGCUGGUCCCAGUCAGCGACAGGCGAUGUCGAAUGUUGGUGGACCUUCGUCGACGGGCGACGCUUCUGCUGUCAGCAGCGUCCACAGGGAUGCCGGUGCAGGGCCGUCGAUAGUUGCCAUAUGGCCAGAAAGCAGGACCGCAUACGAAGAGCAACUAUUGCUGCAUUUUACAUCUAUAGAUGAGCCUCCGGUAAUAUUUAGUCCGUGCCGAAUGGAGUGGAAGUACAUGAAACAGGCCAUGGUGGCCCUGUUAUCAGAAUCUGGGUCAUUACUGAAUGCCAUCUACUGCUUUUCUGACAUACACAAAGCCAUCGCAGAUGGAAAUCGGUGGGAGGCAGCACAUAUGUACUAUCAACUGGCGAGCUCGGAAAUUCAGUCAUGCGUUCUCGGUGAUGUGACCACCCCCAUGCUGAAAAAGAUCUUCUCUGCUAUGUUGCUACUCAUGCUAUCAGAGCUGCUGUCCUACCCAGAGCUCUGCCGGCUGGGGACAUCCCAUCUCCACUCGGCGUAUCUGUUGCUCGAUCGAUUUUACAAACAAACCCAGUCUUGGACGGGGCUCUCCCGUCUGGUAAUCUCUUGGGUUGCUCUUCUCGACGUGAAAUCCCUGGUGGCUGGUCGGGAAGGUGAUCCGUUGGUGGAACUCGGCAACGUGUCCGAGUCUGUGAUCAGACAUUUGGAGGGUGAUGUAUCGCAAUCCGAGAGACCAGCUAGGGCGUCUGUAAAUGGAAACAAUUUCGAUGAUUGCUUUUCCAGCCCCAGCUUUCUGGUGUACGAUGCCAUUGUUGGGCCCGUGUUUAGAUUCCACAGUCUAACGCAGCAGGUUAUCCGGCGCAUUGUGGACAUGGACCUCCACCAUCGGAGUCGUGGUACGUUGAACGACGAAUUCGAAGUCCUCCAGAUUGCACAUAAAGUCGGCGCGGAUUUGGAGAUGCUAUGGAACUUCCGGCCCCCGGUGAUAGAUGUCUACAAUCGCCCCGACGAGUUGCUAGACACUCUAAACCCAUCACUUGCAGUCGAGGUCUGUGGAACAUUUCGACAGUACGUGGCAAAUUUCUUGGCCAUAUUCAUAUACUUGCAUCGCGUGGCAUUUGCUAUCUAUCCGCGAACGGAUCGUGUCAACGGCGCUGUCCGUAAGAUCAUUCAGCUGGCCACCAUAGAUUCUAAGGAUGGUCGGCCCAUAGCCUCUGGAUUUCUCUGGCCGUUGUUUAUUGCAGGUCUGGAAGCCUCACUUGAGCAAAGGCAAUGGAUAAUGCGGGAGAUUCGCCAGAUGGUGGACCAGGACUGUGCAAUUCUACGACAUCCCAAUGCGGAGAAACUGCUUCUGCUGCUGGACGAGAUGACCAAGCGGCAAGACGCAACGCGUACAUGGGCUGACUCUAAAUGCGUCAGGAGGGAGCUAUUUCCUGAUUUCUUCGUUAUGAUAUGA